AUGGCGAGAGAGCUCGAGGUUGCUCAGCAAGAGAUGGAGAUAUUGAGGAACUCUCAACGAGCCGGUAAUAAUUCAAACAGCGGGAGGCCUGUAAAUAUUAGAGCGGUAAGUGACCUUCUAAGCGAAUUCAACGGAACGGAUCGUGACUUCGGCGAGUGGGAAAAACAGGUCAGGUUAUUGUGCCAAACAUAUGAACUUGAUGACAAUAUGGCUAAGAUUCUUAUCAGUUCAAAGUUAAAGGGUCGAGCAGCACAGUGGUUUCACUCACGAUCGCGGAAUCUUGAGAUGACUAUGGACGAGUUGAUGGGGGGAAUGAAGAUCGCUUUUGACUGUCGGCUCAGUAGGGUGGAACGUCAGAGAAAAUUCGAAGCCAGAACAUGGAGUUCAGGCGAGGCUUUUGCUGAUUAUUACCAUGAUAAACUUAUAUUGGCUAAUCAGGUACCGAUAGACGAUGACAAUUUAAUCGAAUAUUUGAUUGACGGCAUAGGAGAUGUCUCGUUGCGGAACCAAGCGCGCAUCCAUUGUUACGACUCAGCUGGAGCAUUGCUGGAGGCCUUUAGGAGAGUCAUCAUCCAACCGGAAGCGAGGAAUCGCUCAAGGCGCAGUACUAUAGGAGAAAAAUGGAAAUCGACGGGGAAACCGUUUAAUAAAUCGGAAUCUAAACAGGCGAAACAGCAGGACGGACAGCGAGCGGCUGAAGUAAAGUGCUAUAAUUGUAAUCGAAUGGGGCAUGUAUCGAGAGAGUGCCGACGGCCUAGGCGAGAGAGGGGAUCGUGUUACGAGUGCGGGGAGAUGGGACAUUUCGCCAAUGAUUGUCCGAAAAGAGACAAACCGCAGGUUGCUAAUGUUUACGAAGACUCUGCGACGGAGGUGGAUUUUCGGCGAAGCGUUAUGUUCGAGAUAACCGGGUCUAGUCUUCAACAGGUUUUACGCUUGGACACUUUGUUGGAUACGGGAAGUCCGGUUAGUUUUUUAAAAGAGAGAAUUGUUAACGGCGUGAAUGUUGAGCCGGUGAACGAAUUAGAUUAUCGAUACUGCGGCAUUAAUAAUUCUAAAUUGACUAUUAAGGGUAAAGUCACGGCUCGUAUUUCGUUAGGUGGCGAUUCUAGAAAAGAUGUGACAAUUUUGAUUGUGCCCGAAAAUACUAUGAUUACGCCAGCUGUCUUGGGUCGCGAUGCGUUACGAAAAUUUGAGUUAGUACUAACAAAAGCUAAUAUGACGGAUGAGGCACAGGAGAUUAUGAAUAUUAAUCUUGCGGAGACACAGAGUGAUCCUAUUGAUUGUUUAGAUAUAAACUCGGGGGCGUCACAUUAUGCUCGGGAUGAAUUUCGACGGGAUGUGCGCCAUCGAAACGACUUUCUUUUGCGCGAAUUAGAAUUAAUGCGGAGAGAGAGAGCUCUGAUGACGAGAGAGCUCGAGGUUGCUCAGCAAGAGAUGGAGAUAUUGAGGAACUCUCAACGAGCCGGUAAUAAUUCAAACAGCGGGAGGCCUGUAAAUAUUAGAGCGGUAAGUGACCUUCUAAGCGAAUUCAACGGAACGGAUCGUGACUUCGGCGAGUGGGAAAAACAGGUCAGGUUAUUGUGCCAAACAUAUGAACUUGAUGACAAUAUGGCUAAGAUUCUUAUCAGUUCAAAGUUAAAGGGUCGAGCAGCACAGUGGUUUCACUCACGAUCGCGGAAUCUUGAGAUGACUAUGGACGAGUUGAUGGGGGGAAUGAAGAUCGCUUUUGACUGUCGGCUCAGUAGGGUGGAACGUCAGAGAAAAUUCGAAGCCAGAACAUGGAGUUCAGGCGAGGCUUUUGCUGAUUAUUACCAUGAUAAACUUAUAUUGGCUAAUCAGGUACCGAUAGACGAUGACAAUUUAAUCGAAUAUUUGAUUGACGGCAUAGGAGAUGUCUCGUUGCGGAACCAAGCGCGCAUCCAUUGUUACGACUCAGCUGGAGCAUUGCUGGAGGCCUUUAGGAGAGUCAUCAUCCAACCGGAAGCGAGGAAUCGCUCAAGGCGCAGUACUAUAGGAGAAAAAUGGAAAUCGACGGGGAAACCGUUUAAUAAAUCGGAAUCUAAACAGGCGAAACAGCAGGACGGACAGCGAGCGGCUGAAGUAAAGUGCUAUAAUUGUAAUCGAAUGGGGCAUGUAUCGAGAGAGUGCCGACGGCCUAGGCGAGAGAGGGGAUCGUGUUACGAGUGCCGGGAGAUGGGACAUUUCGCCAAUGAUUGUCCGAAAAGAGACAAACCGCAGGUUGCUAAUGUUUACGAAGACUCUGCGACGGAGGUGGAUUUUCGGCGAAGCGUUAUGUUCGAGAUAACCGGGUCUAGUCUUCAACAGGUUUUACGCUUGGACACUUUGUUGGAUACGGGAAGUCCGGUUAGUUUUUUAAAAGAGAGAAUUGUUAACGGCGUGAAUGUUGAGCCGGUGAACGAAUUAGAUUAUCGAUACUGCGGCAUUAAUAAUUCUAAAUUGACUAUUAAGGGUAAAGUCACGGCUCGUAUUUCGUUAGGUGGCGAUUCUAGAAAAGAUGUGACAAUUUUGAUUGUGCCCGAAAAUACUAUGAUUACGCCAGCUGUCUUGGGUCGCGAUGCGUUACGAAAAUUUGAGUUAGUACUAACAAAAGCUAAUAUGACGGAUGAGGCACAGGAGAUUAUGAAUAUUAAUCUUGCGGAGACACAGAGUGAUCCUAUUGAUUGUUUAGAUAUAAACUCGGGGGCGUCACAUUAUGCUCGGGAUGAAUUUCGACGAUUAUUCAUCGAUAAUUAUGUUAAGCCACAGCGACCCAGGGAGCCUAGGGUUCGAACAGGGUUGAAAUUGGUAGUUAAAGAUUUGCAACUGUUUCAUUGUACACCGCGUAGAAUAUCGCAUGGCGAGAGAGAAAAAUUGCAAGAUAUUUUAGAUCGCUUGCUUGAAAAGGGAUAUAUUAGACCAAGUAAUUCGGAAUAUGCGUCGCCUAUAGUUCUACCGAGAAAGAAAAACGGAGAGAUACGGAUGUGUGUUGAUUUCAGAAUUUUAAACAAAGCAUUAGCUCGUGAUAAUUAUCCACUACCGUUAAUUGAAGACCAAUUAGAAGUCUUAAACGGGAAAAAACAUUUUAGUUUAAUAGAUUUAAAGGAUGGAUUCUAUCAUAUCAACGUAUCGGCAGAUUCUGUAAAAUACACGUCAUUUGUUACGCCAUUAGGUCAAUUCGAGUGGUUGAAAAUGCCAUUUGGUCUGAAGACUGCACCAUCUACUUUCCAGCGAUUUAUAAAUAAUGCGUUAUCCGAUUUUAUUAGAGCGGGAGAUAUUGUAGUUUAUAUGGACGAUGUGCUCGUCGCUACCACUACGUUAGAUUAUCAUUUGCAGGUCUUAAAGCGUUUAUUCGAGGUAAUGGUCGACAACGUCUUGGAGAUUAGAUUUGAUAAAUGCAAAUUUUUAUAUACCGAAAUCGAGUAUCUCGGAUAUCUUAUUAAUGAGCACGGUGUGAAGCCUACGAUAAACGGGGUCAAUGCCGUUACAACUUUUCCAGUACCUAAAACUAAGCGCGAAUUACAGCGAUUUCUUGAAUUGUGCUCGUAUUUUAGAAAAUUUAUUCAAGAUUAUUCCAUGAUUUCGAAGCCGUUGUCUGAUCUAACCAGAGAGAGCGCGGCAUUUAAAUUUGGUGAAGAUGAACUUAAAGUCUUCGAAGCGUUAAAGAACAAGCUUAGUACAGCGCCGAUAUUAGCCAUUUAUAAUCCGAAAGACGAAACCGAAUUGCAUUGUGACGCGAGUGCGAUAGGGUAUGGUGCGGUUCUAAUGCAAAGAAAAUCGGAUCGCAAGUUCCAUCCGGUGUUUUAUUUUUUGAAGCGGUUCACGGAGACGGAAGCGAAAUAUCACAGCUACGAGUUGGAGACUCUUGCAAUAAUUUACGCACUAAAACGUUCUAAAGUUUAUCUGCAGGAUCUCAAAUUCAAAAUUGUUACCAAUUGUAAUUCUCUUGCCAUGACUUUAAAGAAAAAAAAUAUUAACCCUAGGAUUGCUAGAUGGGCGUUAGAAUUGCUUAAUUAUGAUUAUGAAUUAGAACAUAGGCCCGGAGUGCGGAUGAAAUACGUUGACGCAUUUAGUCGAACAGUGAGAAUUGUGGAGGACAAUCCUUUUGAAUGGAAUCUUACGAUUAGCCAAGGACAAGAUUCGAAAAUUGUAGAAGUGAGGAAUCAACUUGAACAGUCUGAAAGUAAAAUUUUCGAAUUGCGUAAUGGACUCGUAUAUAGGAAAAAGGACGAUAAGCUAUUGUUUUACGUUCCUGAGAUGAUGGAAAAGAAUGUUAUUUUUAAAUAUCAUGACGAAAUGGGACACUUUGGAGUUGAGAAAAGUAGCCAAGCUAUUUUACAGAAUUAUUGGUUUCCUAAAUUGCGAGAGAAGAUAGAGGGACAUAUUAAAAAUUGUUUAAAAUGUAUUGCUUACGCGCCCAAGACGGGGAAGGCAGAGGAAUUUUUGAAUACGAUUCCGAAAGGCAACGUUCCAUUCGCUACUUUGCAUAUUGACCAUAUAGGGCCGAUAGAUAAACAUUCCAUUAAGCGACAUAUUUUGGUUAUAGUUGAUGCUUUCACUAAAUUUGUAAAAUUAUAUGCGGUUAAAACGACAGCUAGCAAGGAAGCUAUUCACCAUUUGAAACAAUACUUUCAUAAUUAUAGUCGCCCUUUAGUGAUUGUAACAGAUCGAGGAAGGUGUUUCACCUCGAACGAAUUCUUAAAAUUUUUGCAGGAAAAUAAUGUAAAACACAUUAAAGUAGCAACGGGUUCGCCUCAAGCCAAUGGGCAAGUGGAACGCGUCAAUCGAGUCCAAAUUCCCAUGUUAGGGAAAAUGUCGGGUGACUCGACGGGGAAAUUUUGGCAUGGCACUUUGCCGGAAAUAGAGUACGCAUUAAACAAUUCAGUUAGUAAGACUUACUUACCCGGUACUUACUACUUCAGUUAUCUUAAGGAAUAUUUACACUAUACUGACGAUACUGAGCGAGUAGAUAUUAUUAAAGUUAGAAAUGACGCUGCCGAUAAAACUCGUAAAUCUCAAAUGUACAAUAAGACGCAUGUUGAUAAAAAACGGAAGCCUGCAUUGAUCUAUAAGGACGGAGACCUAGUCAUGAUAAAAAAUUUUGAUAGUAGCGUGGGAGCGUCAAAGAAAUUAAUGCCCACAUUUAAAGGGCCUUAUCAAGUUAAGCGGACGUUUCGUAAUAAUCGUUACAUAAUUACGGAUACUGACGAGUUUUUGAAUACUCAACGACCAUAUCAGGGGAUUGUAUUGAUAAUGGACAUGUAUGCUUCUGCGUUAACCGAGGACGGCCUAAUGGUCAGAAUGGCCGAACUGUAA